GAAUAAAAAUUGGACCUUUUUAUUAAGUUUGGAUCCAAAUUAUUUUUGAGGGUUUUGUUUAGUGCAAAAUAGAAAAAUGUAUAUUGAAGAACUGAAGGAGGAGGAGGGGGAAGUAGUAAACAUGGAGGAGAAGUUUUGUGAUGAUACUUGUGAAGGUCCAUUGGCUGUUUCGGAUGCGAAAAGGGCUUUGGUUGGAGCAGGGGCUCGUGCUCUUUUUUAUCCUACAUUGCUGUAUAAUGUUGUGAGAAACAAGAUUCAGACCGAGUUUCGAUGGUGGGAUAGGGUUGAUGAGUUCAUACUGUUAGGAGCUGUUCCAUUUCCUGCUGAUGUCCCUCGCUUGAAGGCUCUAGGUGUUGCUGGAGUGGUUACGUUGAAUGAAUCAUAUGAGACUUUGGUCCCAACGUCGUUAUAUCUUGAUCAUGACAUCAAUCACUUGGUGAUUCCUACCAGAGACUAUCUUUUUGCACCAUCAGAUGGAGAUAUUGACCGAGCUAUAGAAUUCAUCUACAGUAAUGCAUCUUGUGGUAAGACAACAUACGUACACUGCAAGGCUGGCCGUGGGCGUAGUACAACCAUUGUCCUUUGCUACCUGGUCAAACACAAGGACAUGACACCUGAGGCUGCUUAUGAUUACGUCAGAACCAUCAGACCAAGGGUGUUGUUGGCCCCCUCUCAGUGGCAGGCUGUUCAAGAAUACUACGCAAGAGUAAAAAAUACUGAUAGUGAUGUUUGUGGAGAUGAUAAUUCAUCGAAAAUGCUCGACUUUCCAGCUCAAAAAGAAGUUGCUGUCUUUGAUGAUGGCUCAGUAGUUCUAGUCUCUGAAUGUGACCUUGAUGGAUAUGAUGAAAGUGUUGAGUCAGAUCUAACACGUAACGAAGUGUUAGUGGAUUUAAAGCUUGCAUGUAGAGGAGUUCAAGUUGCUCGCCAGGCAGCAAUUUCUCGGCUUUCAUACCUCUGGAUUCGCUAUCAUUCAAUGAAGAAGCUGGGAAGUAUUGGCGUUGACAUCCAUGUUUAUUGAGAUGCCAUAUAUGUCCUAGGCUGUUGUCUGUUGUCCUUUUUGAUGGUGGUAAUAUUAGAUGUUUCCUCCCUUUUUAACCCCUUUUUCGUGUCUUCUGAGGAGCUACAUCAAAAUUGUUGGAAAUGUAACUUUCAAGUUGGUGAGAAGAGAAGGAUUCAACAAGUGUGCGUAGUUUAAUAAUAUGAAAGUGUUGCGAAAGGGCAUAACUGUAAUCAGUUGAGUUGUCUUUGUAAGGAAACUCG